UCUCUUUCCAUCUCUCUCCUCUCUCUUUCUCUCUCGCUCCCUUCCUCCCUCUAACCGAACAGUGAAAAUUCACAUUGUGGAUCCGCUAACAGGCACAGAUGUCAUGUGAAAACGCACAUGCUCUGCCAUCCACACCUCCUUCCUUUUCUUUCUGUUUCCUCUUUUUUUCUGCCCCUUGAUUCUUCUCCCUCUUCUUUGUAACUAACAAAACCACCACCAACUCCUCCUCCUGCCGCUGCCCUUCCUCCUCCUCCUCAGUCCAAGUGAUCACAAAAGAAAUCUUCUGAGCCGGAGGCGGUGGCAUUUUUUUUUUUUAAAGCAAGCACAUUGGAGAGAAAGAAAAAAAGAAAAACAAAAGCAAAACAAAACCCAGGCACCAGCCAGGCAGCACAUUUUUUUUUUCACCUUUCCUGAAAACAAACAAACAACCAAACAACCAUCAAAACAGUCACCACCACCAUCAUCAAAACUGUUAACCAAGCAGCGGCGGCGGCGGCAAACGUCACCCUCCGGCCACGGCGUCCGCCUAAAUGGUGUUCUCAGCGGAGCAGCUCUUCGCCGACCACCGUCUCCACUCGUGCUGAGCGGGAUUUUGGGGCUCUCCAGGGUUCGGGCUGGGAGCAGCUUCAUGACUACGCGGAGCGGGAGAGCGGCCACACCAUGCGAGCACAAAUUGAAGUGAUACCAUGCAAAAUUUGUGGCGAUAAGUCCUCCGGGAUCCACUACGGAGUCAUCACGUGUGAAGGCUGCAAGGGAUUCUUUAGGAGGAGCCAGCAGAACAAUGCCUCUUACUCCUGCCCAAGGCAGAGAAACUGUUUAAUUGACAGAACCAACAGAAACCGUUGCCAACACUGCCGACUGCAGAAGUGUCUUGCCCUAGGAAUGUCAAGAGAUGCUGUGAAGUUUGGGAGGAUGUCCAAGAAGCAGAGGGACAGCCUGUAUGCCGAGGUGCAGAAGCACCAGCAGCGGCUGCAGGAGCAGCGGCAGCAGCAGAGCGGGGAGGCGGAAGCCCUCGCCAGGGUGUAUGGCAGCAGCAUCAGCAACAGCCUCAGCAACCUGAACAAUGAGGCCAGCGGCACUUAUGCUAAUGGACAUGUCAUUGACCUGCCCAAAUCCGAGGGUUAUUACAACGUGGAUUCCGGCCAGCCGUCCCCUGAUCAGUCAGGACUUGACAUGACUGGGAUCAAACAGAUAAAGCAAGAACCCAUCUAUGACCUCACAUCCGUAUCCAACUUGUUUACCUAUAGCUCUUUCAACAAUGGGCAGCUAGCACCAGGGAUAACAAUGACUGAAAUCGAUCGAAUCGCACAGAACAUCAUUAAGUCCCACUUGGAGACAUGUCAAUACACCAUGGAGGAGCUACACCAGCUGGCGUGGCAGACCCACACCUAUGAAGAAAUUAAAGCGUAUCAAAGCAAGUCCAGGGAAGCACUAUGGCAGCAAUGUGCCAUCCAGAUCACUCACGCCAUCCAGUACGUGGUAGAGUUUGCAAAGCGGAUAACAGGCUUCAUGGAACUCUGUCAAAACGAUCAGAUUCUACUUCUGAAGUCAGGUUGCUUAGAAGUGGUUUUAGUGAGAAUGUGCCGUGCCUUCAACCCAUUAAACAACACUGUUCUGUUUGAAGGAAAAUAUGGAGGAAUGCAAAUGUUCAAAGCCUUAGGUUCUGAUGACCUAGUGAAUGAAGCAUUUGACUUUGCAAAGAAUCUGUGCUCCUUGCAGCUGACUGAGGAGGAGAUUGCUUUGUUCUCAUCUGCUGUUCUGAUAUCUCCAGACCGAGCCUGGCUGAUAGAACCAAGGAAGGUCCAGAAGCUUCAGGAAAAGAUUUAUUUUGCACUUCAACAUGUGAUUCAGAAGAACCACCUGGAUGAUGAGACCUUGGCAAAGUUAAUAGCCAAGAUACCGACCAUCACGGCGGUUUGCAACUUGCACGGGGAGAAGCUGCAGGUAUUUAAGCAAUCGCAUCCAGACAUAGUGAAUACACUCUUUCCUCCGUUAUACAAGGAGCUCUUUAAUCCUGACUGUGCCACCGUCUGCAAAUGAAGGCAGCGACAGAACUGUCUCAUAGUCCUGGAAUGCAUCACCAUUAACACAAAAGCAAUGUGUUCAUGAAGACUUAAGGAAAAUGUCACUACUGCAACAUUAGGAAUGUCCUGCACUUAAUAGAAUUAUUUUUCACCGCUACAGAUUGAAGAAUGUAAAUAUGCACCUGAGUGGGGCUCUUUUAUUUGUUUGUUUGUUUUUGAAAUGACCAUAAAUAUACAAAUAUAGGACACUGGGUAUUAUCUUUUUUUUGUAAUUUUAUUCGGGUAUGUUUUGGGAGACAAUUGUUUAUAGAAUUUUAUUGUAGAUAUAUACGAGAACAGAGCGGUACUUUACAUGAUUACUUUUCCUGUUGAUUGUUCAAAUAUAAUUUAAGAAAAUUCCACUGAAUAGGUUUACCUAUUUCUAUGUUUUUAGAUAGUUGAUGCAUGUGUAAAUUUGUAGCUGUCUUGGAAGGCAUUGUGCAUAUAUGUAAUAAGUAUAUAAUAUCUGAGAAUAUUAUAUAUGACAAUUACUUAUACAUGCACAUGCACUGUGGCUUAAAAUAUCAUACCUACUAUCAAAGGAGGUUCAGUCAGGCUCUCUUAUAUUAUUUACCUUCUGUGUUAUAUGUUACCUUUAUGUUAGACAAUCAGGAUUUUGUUUUCCCAACCAGAGUGUUCAUCCACAGUCAAUGGCAAGAUGGUACCAAUUCAGAAAUAAGUCUGCAAAGGAAGAAUUAUAAUGCAUGGCCUCUGUAUAAAAACUCUGCUUCUAUCAAUGACAUCAAAGCCUUGUCAAGAUGGUACAUAUUGGAGGGGAAAUACAAGUAUUUGGAGCCAUUUUCCUGUUUUAAGAAUUAGGCUACAGGUAAUAUUGUGGAGUCCAGGACUUUUUUGACCAAACCAUAGAUUUUCACCAGGACACACAAAACACUUCUUUUCUUUGGAUUUCGGGUUAUGAAAGAAACUUGAUUUUGGUGCUUACUGUGUCUUCAACAGAGAACUACAAUCUGUAGAUUAAAAUCACCAGCAAUUUUUUUCUAAUAAAAUUGGAGUAAAUCAGAAGCUAGGGUCCCAAUGCCAUUUCAUAUAAAGAUUUUCUCUCUAAAAAAAAAAAUAUUUUUUUGGCAAAGAAGAAGUAGAAAGAAAAUAUACAAAGUAAAGAAGUAGUUCUUUAUAUCCAUUUUCUUUAAUAAAGUUUGUUAGAAAAAGCAGAAACAACGGGAAGGCAGGAUUUUAUAUGUCCUUUAAUCAGGAGCCUCUAGUUUUUUCCAGUUCCAAAACCCUGCAUUAUAAAAAUAUAGCAAAAACUUGACAGUUGGAAAAAAAUAUCUGAGUUAUUAUAAAAAAGAAAUACACCCCAAAGCCAAACUCUUUCCCAUGCAGUUUGAAAUUACAUUUUCCAUCUAGCCUGAGAUUAUUUUCUUAGCAUCUUUUAAAAGUACAGAUCACAGGAGGUGAAAUAAGGAUUAGAGAGUUUAGGCUUCCUAGUACAAAUUCUCACUUCUGCACCUGCUCUUCAAUCAAACUGAUCACCAGGAAAAAAACAUAAAUUCUAUGGAGUUUGUUCUACCUGUGGUCUGAGGCCUAUGCCUUUGGACUUAUUUCAUCCAAAAUAGGGUUUUUAAAAAGGAAGGGAGAGGAGAGCUUUAUGUAUAAAACAAUGAAAAUUAUGAUCUCCUCUAAGUAUAGCCCAGCCCCUUUUUCCUUUCAAACACACACAUAUGCACACACACACACACCUGCUUUAUAAAGUUUCCAUCAGUGGAAACUUUGAGUUCUUGGUUCAUCUCUUAUGCUUUCCUGAGUUACAUGGUUGAGAGCCAUCUCCACGCUGCCACAGAACUCCUCACUGAUGAUCAAACAGAAAUGCAGUCUUUCCUUUUAGAAAACACAGUCUUUUUCCACCUCAUGAUUGAUGAAUUCCAAACCAAUGGGGAAAAACAAAAAGGCUUUAAAAUAAUGAAUCUCUUUCUCAACUACUGUUAUAUUCAAUUAAUUUAACUACAUUGGACCAAAUUAACUUCAGUGUCUAAGAAGACAGCUGUAGACUGCUUAUUAUGCUGCUACAGGGACUCAAUUCUUUUUGGUGUAAAUGUCACUCCUGCUAGCUCUUUGUAUAAAGAAUUAAUUCCAAGAGUCAUAUUUCCUUCUAAUGGAAAGAUUACUUUACUGAUUGCUAGGAAAACAGGGUAAUGGAAGGCACUCAAUUAAACCAAGCCGUUUCCAAAUGCAAUGUAUGUUUUAUGAUUGGCUUGUGAUAGGCGACAUUUAAUGUGUCUACUUGGUGUUUCCCUUUGAGCUUUGAACUUAUGUCAAAGUUUGUUUUCAUUGUUCUGUUGGCCUAGUGUUUUCCAUUGUCGGCCUGUAAUUCCUGCUCAGUUGCAAAGGGGAUGGUUUGUUUCCUCCACUUUACCUUGGAGGAUUUAAAUUGGCCCGAUGGAUGAAGUGGCUGAGAAUUUUUUCCUCCCGUGUCCCAUGGGUGAUGUAGGAAAAAGAUUGCUCCCCACAUUUGCCUCAGGAGGUACUGGAUUUGAAUUUGUGUCGUUUCCACUAGUGCAGGCAUUUAAUUGGGACAGCAUGAACCUUUUGAAGCGAGGGGAUAGGAAACAGCUAGAGACUGAACCGAAACAGAGCAGUGGAAACCAGUGCGCGCUCAGCCCACUUCAGUUGAGAAAAGAGAUUUCCGUUCUUCGCCACGGUUGCCAAAUCAGUCCCUUAAAAGAGAACCAAGACAUACUUUCAAUGGUAACAAAGCACUUUUACAAGCUGCCCUUUAAACAUCUGCUGUGACUCCCUCUCGAGGUAUUUUGAAGGUUGGGUAAGAACAACUUCCUUUACCACACGCGAUCCUCGUCCCUUCCCCACGAACACUCACAAAUGUUCACAACACAUUCAUGGCAAAGUGUGCACUGGAAAAAAUUACCCAUGAGCCCUACUUUUCACUCCAUGCUUCGUAAAUGACAAUCACUGCUUGAUGCAGAUGUUGCACUGUAUCCACUCAGGGAUGUUUUAUUUCAAAAAUAAAAUAAAAAGGUACAUCCAGAAGGAGGGGGAGGGGAAAAAAAACA